GAAGAUGCUCGCGGCACUCAAGUCCACCAAAGAUUGUGCCCUAUCGGCUCCUCUUUACUGGUUCGAGACCCAUUUUUGACCAGAGCAAAGGCGAUGAGGAACUGAGUCCGAGACAAUGGGGUGGCCACCUGCACAGAAACCGGAGGACUCAAAAGAAGAGCACGGAGGCCCGGCCCAGACGGACGUCUGUGCUACUCAAGUUUCAGAAGAGUUCCUCAGGUCCUGUACUGAUGAGGUACUGAGUUCUGGUUCCAUCAGCUUCUCUGGAGAACUGCAAUCCUGUUCAUACACCUCUGAGAGCCCACUAGAGACCGAAACGCCGACUAAAAGUUCGGAAGAACAAGGCGAGCAGUCAGAACUUUCAGUCUUACAGAAGGAUGAAAAUAAGCUGAGUGAAAAGUGGAUCAACCACCUCAAGAGCAAAGAAAUUCAUUCUGAAAGAUAUCAGUCCGACCUUAGACUCCCACCAGAAAUCCCUAAGGAAUCCGCAGAAGAAUUGACUGCCCUGCGGUCUUUUUGUACUAAAAAAGUAAAUUUGAUCCACCAGAAAGAGGAUUCAAGAGCUAAGAAAAGCAACAGAUCCAAAAGGCUGCAGCUCAGAUGGAUUGCAGAGACCACAGAGGUAGAUGCUUUCAAUUGUACAAUCCCUGAUGAACUGUUGAACAGAAUCUAUUUGGAAAACACGAGAGCGACUCUAGCGUACAUAGAGGCGAUUACCCAACACAUUUCUUCCCAGUGCCCCAGCUGUAAUAGCAAAAGAGCAGAGCUGGCUCAGUCUGACUUCCUGAGACGAAGGAGGACUUUACUGCAGUCACUACUACUCCAAGAGAAAAUAGAUGAACACCUUCAUACCACAGACUUUCUCACCCGUGUUGGAGAAGCACAUCAGGACUUCCCCAGGCUUUCAGAUGAUCCUGGGAUCAUCUGGAAGCGACUGACUGAGAAAAUGCGGAAGGGAAGUUCUGGCUUUGGGCGGGCAUAUUCAAAUAGGUGUGAAGACUGUACGAAUCCUUGAAGUUGUAAUCAGGAUCAGAUGAGCUUCUGAGGGUGAGAUGUCUAUGAAGUCAUCAGUGCCUUUGGAUAAGGAGCUAGCUGGAUCCCUUCCUAGCACUAGCUUCAACUUUUAUUAGAAACUGAGACAUGAGUUUUACAAAGAGUGUUGUAUUUUAUAUUUUUUUCUGAGUAA